GAUAGACCGAUAGACCCAUCAGCUGUUUAAUGAACUUGUGCAAAAUAAAUUAACGUGCUGCAUUUUCCCCAGGAAAAAGCUGAAAAACUCGAAGUAUCCCUCAUAAUGCAACUGACACUGAUAAACUUUUUUAAGAAAACUGUGCCGGGCCACAUAUUCCGCGGAAAGCGCCGUCUUGUAAAGCCGGUUAGCAAGCAAGCCAUGGACACGCUCACCCGGGAAUACGAGCGACAGGAGCACAUUAUGUUCCUGCUGCGGCAUCCCUACCUGACACUGGAGCAAUCAUCUGGUCAUGCCAAGGAGCUGCAGAAACGCGAUAAACUGGUUGCCAAGUGGACAGAUGAGCAGACGAUGCGCAAAAUGAAGCCGCAUGUGACCAUCGAAGAGCGUCUGAACCACCUGAAGGUCAAAGAGACCUGGGACUAGCUGAAAAUCGACUUGUUUCAACCUCAAGAUGCAUUAAAUUAAUUAUAAAGUAAAUAUAGAUUAUGUGUAUGUGAAAAUUAUGUAAUUACCCUGGCAUCGGCCGCUAGCGCAGCGAGGAGCUUAUGUGUAUGGUGGUACAUUGUUCCUCCUGGUUAAAUGAAGUGUUCCGCUGACUGUGGCGACUGUUCCCUUUGUUCCUGGAGAAGUUUUCACAUGAUUUACAUCUUUCAUUUUCUUGAGAGGUUUAUAUUUUUAAAUUCUUUCUGAAGUGCACCGAAUCACAGGAUAUUUUAAGGCAGAUAUUAUAAAGGAACAGAUGUGAAACCUA